AACAGUGUUUAUUGAAAGCGCGUUCAACACCGUCUGCUGUGUCGUCGGAUUGGAGACCUCGGUUGUUCAUAAAACAUUUGAAAAAUAUUACUGAACCUUGAUUAAAUAGCAUUGCUUGAUUUGAUUUGCCCGUAUAUCUGAGAACGAAAAUACUAUGGAAGGAUUUGAUGAUGUCGGUGUGUUCUUUUCCGAUAAUUUCGGUGACGAUGGCCAACAGCAACAGGGUUCAAACCAAAUCAAUCUUCAGCAGAGUAAGAAAAAGUAUCGCGAAUUCAUUCGAACAUUCUGUGAGGCCAACUUUAGCUAUAAAUACCGUGAUAACUUGAAGCGUAAUUAUCUGUUGGGUCGGUACUAUUUGGAGGUUGAAAUCGAAGACUUAGCUGGUUUCGAUGAAGCGUUGGCGGAUAAACUGUACAAGCAACCCACCGAGCAUUUACAGAUUUUCGAAGAAGCGGCCCGUGAAGUCGCGGAUGAGAUAACCGCCCCGAGACCGGAGGGAGAAGAAGAAAUGCAUGAUAUUCAAGUUUUGCUGACCUCCGGUGCCAAUCCGACUAACAUCCGCGACCUGAAGUCGGAAAGCGUUUCUCGAUUGGUGAAGGUGGCCGGUAUCAUCAUAGCUGCUUCGGGAAUAAAGGCAAAGGCAACCAAAAUAUCGAUUCAGUGUCGAUCUUGUAGUAAUGUGAUUUCAAAUUUACCGGUAAAUCCGGGAUUGGAUGGAUAUCAGCUGCCCAGGAAGUGUAACACCGAACAAGCUGGACGUCCCAAGUGUCCACUCGACCCGUAUUUCAUUAUGCCGGACAAAUGCAAAUGCGUUGAUUUCCAAGUGCUUAAGCUACAGGAACUGCCUGAUUUCAUCCCACAGGGUGAAAUCCCUCGACACAUGCAGUUGUUCUGCGAGCGUAGCUUGUGCGAACGGGUUGUACCGGGAAAUCGUGUUUUGAUCCAUGGAAUAUUUUCGAUCCGCAAGAUUGGCAAACCGAGCAAGCAGGAUGGUCGAGAGAAGGCUAUCGUGGGAGUACGAGCUCCCUACAUGAGAGUAAUUGGCAUUACGGUUGAUACGGAGGGUGUGGGGGCCAUAUCUCGUUUUAGCAACAUCACUACUGAAGAGGAAUCCACAUUCCGCAAGAUGGCCGCAAAUCCGAAUAUCUACGAUUCACUGUCGGCCAGUUUAGCGCCAAGCAUUUUUGGUUCGCAGGAUAUAAAGAAGGCAAUCGUUUGUAUGUUGUUUGGUGGAGCAAGAAAACGAAUGCCGGAUGGUUUGAAUCGUCGAGGUGACAUCAAUAUUUUGCUGCUGGGAGAUCCCGGAACGGCCAAAUCUCAGCUGUUGAAGUUUGUAGAGAAGGUGGCUCCAAUAGCGGUUUAUACGUCCGGAAAAGGUUCCAGUGCUGCUGGUCUGACGGCCUCGGUAAUGCGUGAUCCGGCAACAAGAAACUUUGUUAUGGAAGGAGGAGCUAUGGUCUUGGCGGACGGCGGUGUCGUUUGUAUUGACGAGUUCGACAAAAUGAAGGAAGACGACCGUGUGGCCAUUCACGAAGCUAUGGAACAGCAAACCAUCUCGAUCGCAAAGGCUGGAAUCACUACGACAUUGAACUCGCGCUGUUCCGUCCUCGCAGCUGCUAAUUCCAUCUUUGGUCGCUGGGACGAUACCAAAGGGGAAGAGAAUAUCGAUUUUAUGCCGACGAUUCUUUCUCGGUUCGAUAUGAUUUUUAUCGUGAAGGAUGUUCACGAUCAGGCGCGGGACGUUACGCUCGCCAAACACGUUAUGAAUGUUCACAUGAAUGCCAACAAAAUCCAGGAUGCCCAGGAAGGUGAGAUUCCACUUGCUGUGUUUAAAAAGUACAUCAACUUUUGUCGGACGCAUUGCGGGCCGCGGAUGAACGAGGAGGCUGCGGAGAAGUUGAAAUCUCGCUACGUUCUGAUGCGAAGUGGUGCCAGCGAACAGGAACGGCAAUCCGACAAACGCCUCUCGAUCCCGAUCACGGUGCGUCAGUUGGAAGCUAUCAUCCGCAUAUCGGAGUCGCUGGCUAAAAUGCAACUGCAACCGUUCGCUACGGACGCCCACGUCACGGAAGCUCUUCGUUUGUUCCAAGUGUCAACACUGGAUGCGGCAAUGUCCGGCUCGUUGGCCGGUGCCGAAGGGUUCACCACCGAAGAGGACACCGAAGUACUGAAUCGGAUCGAGAAACAGCUGAAACGUCGAUUUGCCAUCGGAUCGCAGGUGUCCGAACAGAACAUCAUACAGGACUUUGCACGACAAAAGUAUCCGGAACGUGCGGUCCUGAAGGUGAUCCAUACGAUGAUCCGUCGGGGAGAGUUGCAGCAUCGGAUGCAGCGGAAAAUGCUGUACCGAUUGUCCUAGAGGGAUUACAAGUUUUUCGGAACUCUACCAUUUUUUUAUUGAAGUAACUUGUUUUUAAAUAAAUU